CACUGUCCGUUGGUGAAGGAUUAUAUAGGAAAUAGCGAUUUGGUGGUGCGUCUUGCACACCCGCAAACUGUGUACGACAUCAACUACAUCAGCGUAUUUUGCUAUGAAUAUGCGGCUGAUUUUGGACAUAUAUAUUUCAGUUUGCCACGCGAUCAUAUCUUUGUGCCACCAUAUAUACCACCAGUCCGGGAUGAACCUCCACCAGCAGCCCCAAGCGUACCAUGCUGA